AUGCAAGAACGAGAGAAAGAAGACAUUACCCCAAAAUGGACUAAAGUUCUUCUGAUUGUUCUGGGUUUCUCUCUUGUUAUUGCUCUCGGAGGUCUCUGUGCUUUAGGCAUCCUUUAUAAUAAUACACUUGCUGAUUUUGAGUCGCUGAAUGAGAAGCACUUCAUGGUUUCAAUGCAACUGUCAGCUCAAAUGAAGAACAGCACAAUCAUGAAGAAAGAGUUUAAAGAUCUUACAGCCAGAUACAGCACACUUAGAGAAUGGCUGUCCUUUUACGAUGCUCAUUCUUGUAAUCUCUCUGUGGAUGGCUGGAAAGCUUGUCGCGGAAAGCUGUAUUUAUUCAGCUCAGAUAAACUGAACUGGUCAAGCAGUCAAUAUCUCUGUGUUUCAAAAGGAGCCGAUCUGGUCACCAUAACCAGCCAAUCAGAACAGCAUUUUCUGGUCUCUAAAAUUAAAGAGAUGCACUGGAUUGGUCUCAGUGAUCUGGAAACUGAAGGACACUGGGUUUGGGUGAAUAACCAAACUCUCAAUGAAACUGGAGUACAGUUCUGGUUCGGAGAGGGGCCAAGAGAACCUGAUAACUGGAAACAGGAUCCGUCAGGAGAGAACUGUGCUAGUCUGGGAGAUGAGAAUGGCAACUUUCAAUCUUGGUUUGAUGCUUCUUGUAAAAAAAAGAGGAAGUUUGUCUGUGAAAAGAAAUAUUAA